UUAAAGUUUCCAUCAACCAAAUCCGAAGGGCAAUUUUGCUUCAUCAAUGCUUUCUCUUCAUUCAUCGGCUUCGUUCUCCAAGAAUUCUCGUAGGCCACACAUGUAAUAAACGAUCGCAUUCCCGGCGAAAAUUUCUCUACUGAACCCUGAACAAUUGCUUGAGUUAAUAAAGAAAUUAAAAGACUUCCAGAUGCCACAAGACAUUGCUAUAAUCCGUGAAAUCUAUGAACAUGAGUACUCGGCAGAGGAAUUUGAGGUCGAGUUGGACAGAGCGCUUGAGAAAAAGGCCCAGACGAUAGUGGUGGAGCCAGCUCGACUAGGGGAGGACACGGCCCGCUGGAUCGCCUGCGGGAACUGUCUGCACAAAACGGCCGUCCUCUCUGGCUUCUGCUGUGUUGCCACAGGGGCAGUAUGGCCAGAGAAAGGAGUCGUGUUUCUCCCGUUUGGUUUUGUGAGUGUGGUGUGUGCCGGUGUGUAUGCAGUGUCCUGGCAGCUUGAUCCCUGCUGUAAAUACCAAGUGGAGUACGACCUCAUGAAAGUCCCCAAAUUACCUCUCCAUACCCUGACAACGACAACGCCAGUGGUCCUGGUCCGCAAGGAUGACACAAGGAGGAAAGUGUUGCAGAAUAUAAUAGCCAUUGCUGCUGGCUCCUUAUGUUUCUAUAAGAUAUAUCGGUGGUAUUUGUGAAACAUUAGUACAUGUUUGCAGCAUGCUGACAUCUUUUGUAGCAGAUUCAUUCUGUCUGCUUUAAAGAUAUGGUUGGGGAAGGUUUGGCCUUAUUGGAAAGAACUUGUAGAUUUAGGUAUUGAUCAGAAUAUGUGACAUUUGUUAAUAAUAAUUUGGUGUGUGAAAAAACAAAAAAACUUGUCCAUAACCUAAAUAUAAAAAUCAGAGUUCCGGGUAAGAG